CGCAGGGUCCCUCGCACCCCACAACACGCAAAGAAAAAGGGAGAGAAACAGGAAGAGUAUUAAACAGCAGGGGCGACCUGUUCGCCCCCACCUUCUUGUUCACCCCUUUCUUCUUCCUUUCUCCAUUCCUGGUUUGCUCUCUCUGCAAGUAAACCCGCUCCCCCCCUCCCUGUCGCUAUGGAGCUCCUUCGCUCCCACCUUUCCCGCGUUCGGAUUCCCGAGCCGUCGAAUCGCAUUUAUAAGCAAGAGUGCUGCGUUUCCUUCGACACCCCGAGGUCGGAAGGAGGGCUUUAUAUCGAUAUGAGUACGUUUUUAGCUUUUGGGAAGGACUAUGUCGAGUGGAAUUACGAGAAGACGGGGAAUCCAGUUUAUCUACACAUAAAGGAGACUAGGAAGUCAGUCCCGGAGGACCGGCCGCUAAAGAAACCCACUUUACUUGCCAUUGGUGUUGAUGGAGGUUUCGAAAGCCAAGAGCUGGAGUACGAAGCAACUCAUAAGAUUGUUGUGCUGCCAACAUAUGUGGAACUUCCAUUCCCAUCUGUCGAGCUGCCUGAGAAGGUCAGAUUGGCAGUUGAUGCCAUCUUGAUGUCAGAAGGCAUUGAGAGAAAAGAGCAGAUGACAUCUUGGGUGGCUGAUAAGAAGAAAGUGAGUGCAUAUGCAAUGGAUCUGCAACAGAUCGACAAUGGUGUUGUCAUUCCUCCCUCAGGGUGGCGGUGUUGCAAGUGUGACAAAGUUGAUAACUUGUGGCUUAAUCUGACCGACGGUAUGAUUCUUUGUGGGAGGAGAAACUGGGAUGGCAGUGGUGGCAACAAUCAUGCUAUUGAAUAUUAUAAUGAAACAAAGUACCCUUUGGCUGUAAAGCUUGGAACUAUAACUGCUGAUUUAGAAGGAGCAGAUGUUUUCUCAUACCCAGAGGAUGAAAGUGUUGAGGACCCCUUGUUAGCUCAACAUUUAGCAUUUUUUGGUAUUGAUUUUUCAUCGUUGAAAAAGACUGAAAUGACAACUGCUGAGAAAGAACUCGAUCAGAAUACCAACUUUGAUUGGAAUCGAAUACAAGAAAGUGGGCAGGAUGUGGAGCCUUUGUUUGGACCUGGAUAUACUGGACUUGUCAAUCUUGGAAAUAGUUGUUACCUGGCUUCCACAAUGCAAGUGGUUUUCUCUGCACGUUCCUUUUGUUCACGAUACUAUGGAAAACAAAGUCUGAGAGCAGCCUUUCAAAAUGCUCCUGCUGAUCCUACUUUGGAUUUGAAUAUGCAGAUGACAAAACUGGGGCAUGGUUUACUCUCUGGAAGAUAUUCAGUUCCAGUGCAGGAGGCUGAUGGAGUAGAUAACCCUACAAAACCAACUUCAAGUUAUAAACAAGAGGGUAUUCCUCCUCGGAUGUUUAAGGCAGUUAUUGCUGCCAACCACCCAGAGUUUUCAAGUAUGAGGCAACAGGAUGCCUUGGAGUUCUUUCUACAUCUCCUUGACAGAGUUGAGCAUGCUAAUGCCAGACAGUCUGAAUUUGAUCCAUCAAGAAGCUUCAAGUUUUUAAUUGAAGAAAGAAUUGCUUGUCCUUCCGGAAGAGUUGCAUACAAUAAAAGAGUUGACUACAUCCUAUCGUUGAACAUCCCAUUGCAUGAGGCUACUAAUAAAGAAGAGCUUAUGGCCUUCCAGAAGUCGAAAGCUGAAGAACUAAAAGGAAGUAAAAUUGAGGACAUUGUACGCCCUAGAGUGCCACUGGAGGCCUGCUUGGCAAGCUUCUCAGCACCGGAGGAGGUUCAGGAUUUUUAUAGCAGUGCCUUGAAUGCUAAAACAACAGCAAUCAAAACUGCUGGAUUCCUGACCUUCCCGGAUUAUCUGGUGUUGCAUAUGCGUAAGUUUGUUAUGGAGGAAGGCUGGGUCCCAAAGAAACUUGAUGUUUAUAUAGAUGUGCCUGAUACCAUAGACAUCAGCCACAUGCGUAGUAAAGGACUACAGCCUGGGGAAGAACUUCUACAAGAAUCAGACGAUGGUGAAAGGAGCAGUGGUUCUGCCGAACCUUUGGUCAAUGAGGAUAUUGUCGCACAGCUUGUGACCAUGGGUUUUAGCAACCUUCAUUGUCGGAAAGCUGUAAUCAACACAUCUAGUUCUGGAGUUGAGGAGGCAAUGAACUGGUUGCUUUCUCACAUGGAUGACCCAGAUAUAGAUGAUCCAAUUUCUGAAGGGACAAACACUUCUGUUAAUGAGGCACAUGUUAGUACCCUAAUCUCAUUUGGGUUUGAAGCAGACCUUGCUCGUAAAGCUUUGAAAGCUUCGGGUGGUGAUAUUGAGAAAGCCACUGACUGGAUAUUUAGUCAUCAAGAUGCUGCGGUUGCUACUAACAUGGAUGCAUCUUCUAGCAAUCCCCAGGAUGUGAUGAAUCAAGAGCUUCCUGAUGGCCAUGGAAGAUAUAAGCUCGUGGCAUUUAUUAGCCACAUGGGUACCUCUACGCAUUGUGGGCAUUACGUUGCGCAUGUUCUUAAAGAAGGAAGAUGGGUAAUCUUCAAUGAUGCCAAGGUUGGUGCGUCUGUGGACCCCCCUAGAGACAUGGGGUACUUGUACUUUUUUGAGCGCAUAAUCGAGUAAGAAACCAUGGUUAACUAUCAUGACGCCAUUCAUAGCAGCCUGGGCAAUUAGGUCACAGAGAGAAAGCAGGUCUAUAUUGAGGCCAUUCUUGGCCAGCCAUGUUCAAUUGCAUCAUGCUGUUUCAUGAAUUCUUUUAGGUGGUGAAAUAGAACAUGUUACAGUUGUCAUUUU